GGUGUCAGUCGCCGCCGCGUUAAUAUUUGUCGGCGCAGGACUCUGGUGCAUGCUAAAACAAAGUUUAAGAACAAUCUAUAAAAAAUAUUCAAAAUAAAUACAAAUUGACGAAAAUAAAUUGGAAAAAAUAUUAAAGCAAUGUCAAGUAGAAAAGCAUCUCACGCUGGAAGUUGGUAUACGGACUCAGCUUCGGAACUUUCACGCCAAUUAGACAAUUGGUUGGGUGCUGCCGCACUUUCACAUGGACCAGCUAGAGCAAUAAUUGCUCCUCAUGCAGGUUAUACAUAUUGUGGAGCCUGUGGUGCUUUUGCCUAUCGGCAAGUUAGUCCAGCUGUAGUUAAACGAAUUUUCAUUUUGGGUCCUUCGCAUCAUGUACGUCUGCGAGGCUGUGCUUUAUCCAUUGCCAAAAAGUGUAAAACCCCACUUUAUGAUCUCAAAAUUGACACUGAAGUUAAUGCAGAACUUGAAAAGACUGGACAUUUUUCGUGGAUGGAUAUGAAAACAGAUGAAAAUGAGCAUAGCAUUGAAAUGCAUUUGCCCUAUAUAGCCAAAGUUAUGGAAGAUUUCAAAGAUCAUUUUACAAUUGUACCAAUACUGGUGGGUUCUUUAAAUCCUGAUCAAGAGGCUUUAUAUGGACGUUUAUUAGCCAAUUAUUUUACGGAUCCACAAAACUUAUUUGUGAUAUCAUCAGAUUUCUGCCAUUGGGGUCAUCGUUUCAAUUAUACAUAUUACGAUAGAGCCUGUGGUCCUAUCUAUAAAUCCAUUGAAAAGUUAGACAAACAAGGUAUGGAUAUUAUAGAAACGCUAAAACCUGAAACUUUUACCGCCUAUUUGCGCGAGUUCAACAAUACAAUAUGUGGUCGUCAUCCUAUUGGCGUCAUGCUUAGUGCAAUUAAAGUUCUUCAAGAACAAGGUUACAAUAUGAGCUUUAAAUUUUUGAAAUAUGCUCAAAGUAGUCAAUGUAAGAAUAUGGAUGAUUCAAGUGUUAGUUAUGCUUCCGGUUCGUUAAUAUUUGAAUGUUAAAAUAUUACUUGGCGCUUUAUUCUACAUGCAUAUUCAUUUUGAUCAAUUUGAUUUUUUUGUAAUUUUUCUUCAGAUAAUCGCAAAACUGUCGAUUGCAAAAUAAAAUGUUAUUGUAAUAUUUUUGAAAAAUACAUAAUGAAAGUAUCCGCUUGCAAAAA